AUGGCGCAAAAGACUGACUAUCAAAAUAUCUUUCACUGGGCAGAGACCCAAAAGGACGGUUCCAUUCCGUCUUUUGCUACACGAGAUAAUGAUCCAUAUGAAUAUCUUUCUGGCUUCAACAACCAUCAUGAGUCUGAAGCUGUUCCCGGUACAAUCCCUAGAGGCCAGAACAACCCACGAGUUGUGAGGUUUGGACUCUAUGCGGAGCAGAUGUCGGAUUCCUUUGGAGCUUCCAGACAGGCCAACAGGAACUCUUGGCUUUACCGAUCCAGACCUGCCGUGGCUCACCAGGGUUUUACGGAUAUGCCCAAGAUCGACGGCACGGAAAGUUGUUUCCUGCCUCUGAACCCUCAAGUCAGAAUCUCUCCAACACAACUGGCAUGGCUUCCCUUCGAAAUUAAUGAAGGAACAGACUUUAUCUCAGGUCUCCGGACCAUCGCAGGCUCGGGUGACCCAACCCUUCGAGAAGGUCUUGCAACACACAUCUUCUCUGCCACAAAGAGCAUGGAAAAGCGCGCCUUUGUCAACUCAGAUGGUGACUUUUUGAUCAUCGCCCAGCAAGGUGCCCUUGACAUCCAAACUGAGUUCGGUCAUCUUUACGUCCAACCUGGUGAAAUUUGUGUCAUCCAGCGCGGCCAACGCUUCAAGGUCAACGUGGACGGUCCUACACGAGGAUAUAUCCUUGAAGUCUGGGGCACUCACUACGAACUCCCCGAGCUUGGACCCUUGGGCUCAAAUGGUCUUGCUAAUGCAAGAGACUUUAUGUACCCCAAGGCAAGUUACAAUGUCACCCGUGACGACCCAUGGGAGAUUGUGUACAAGCUUGGUGGUAAGUUCUUCAAGAGUACUCAGAACCACUGUCCAUUCGACGUGAUUGCUUGGCACGGUAACUAUGUGCCCUACAAGUAUGACUUGACCAAGUUUGUCAACGUUGGUUCAAUUUCCGUGGACCACAUUGAUCCCUCCAUUUUCUGUGUUCUUACUGCUCGUGGAAGAGACGAGAAUGCCCCUUUGGCAGAUUUUCUUAUCUUCUCGCCCCGAUGGGAUGUCGCGUCUCAUACGUACCGUCCUCCGUAUUACCAUCGCAACGCAGCUUCGGAGCUGAUGGGUCUUAUUUACGGAGAGUAUGCUGGGCGAUCAGAUGAAUUCCAGCCUGGAGGUAUUUCAUUCGAAUGUGGUUGGGUCCCUCACGGCGUCGCAUACGAGGAAUUCAAAGCAGCUUCGGCACAACCCCCACCUGAGAUGCAGAUCUCCAAGGGCGCUGUGGCUUUCAUGUUUGAGAGCUGCAGACAAUUUACCGUGACUGAUUGGGCAUGGAACAGUGACAAGAAGCACGAGCAUGAGCCCAAGAUGUGGGACGAUUUGGUUGACAAUUUUUCUUCCCAUUUGGAUGAAGUUAAUGAGAUUCUGGCCAAGAAAUAA